GGCGCUGAAAUUUGAAAGUUGUCAGUCAGGAAGAAAGAUUUUUGUCGGAAUGUCAUGUAUUAUUUUGAUAGAUAGUUAUAACAAAUGUCAAGCAAAAACACACGCAUGCUAAAAAUUUAGCUAUAUUCUACAAAUCGCUCUGUAAUCACUGUUGCAGUGUACCCAAGACGCAAUGUUGAAGUUUAAGUAUGGGGCUCACAGCAGCGUCAAAGAACUUGCCAGUCUGGAUCCAAUCACCAGCCGCUGCUCCCGUCUCAACCUCCUAUUACAGGGAAAAGGCGGUGUCCUUCCCCAGCAGGGCGGGGUCAGUGUGACCAGGGAAGGGCUUCUGGAGGCCCUGCUCCUCCUCUUUCAGGAGUGUAGCUCUCCAGAGCUCAUGAGGAUCAAAUAUGUGGCCAAUUUUGUGAACAAAUUCUCAGAGGUGGUGUCGGAGCUGCGGGACUUGCAGCCGAGCCCACAGGAUUUUGAUCUGAGAGGUGUGGUGGGGCGAGGGCGAUUUGCUGAGGUGCAGGUGGUGAAGGAGAGAGCAACAGGGGACGUUUACGCCAUGAAGAUCAUGAACAAGACCUGUCUGCGUGCCAUGGACAAUAUGACAUCUUAUGAAGAGGAACGUGGGAUACUGUCCCUAAAUAGCAGCCCCUGGAUCCCUCAGCUGCAGCAUGCCUUCCAGGACAAAGACAACAUAUACCUGGUGAUGGAGUACUUGCCUGGAGGGGACCUGAUGGCUCUCAUGAACAGGUACGAGGAGCAUCUCGACGAGGCGAUGGCACAGUUCUAUUUGGCGGAGUUGGUGCAGGCCAUCCACACGGUGCAUCAGAUGGGAUACGUCCACAGAGACGUCAAACCGGAGAACGUCCUGAUCGACCGAACCGGGCACAUCAAACUGGCGGAUUUUGGUUCGGCUGCCAAACUCACAGCUAAUAAGACGGUUGUGGGUUCCAGGAUGCCAGUUGGUACGCAGGAUUUCUUGGCUCCGGAGGUCCUGGCAGCGCUGAACGGGGCUGGGCAGGCCUCGUAUGGGGUUGAGUGUGACUGGUGGUCCCUGGGGAUCAUCGCCUAUGAAAUGAUCUACAUGAAGUCCCCCUUCGCUGAGGGCACCUCCACCAAGACCAUCAACAACAUCAUGAACUUCCAGCGCUUCUUGAAGUUUCCAAAUGAACCUAAAGCGAGCAAGAACUUUGUGGACCUGGUUCAGGGUCUGCUGUGUGGGGCACAGGACCGGCUCGGGUUCGAAGAUCUUCGCUGCCACGCCUUCUUUUCGGGAAUUGACUGGAGCAGCCUGCGACAAGCGCUCCCUCCUUUUGUUCCCGCGCUCCGUGCCGAGGAUGACACGUCCAAUUUCGAGGAGCCGGAGAAGCCCGCGCGCCGGCCGACGGCUGCCCCACACAGACCCCAGCGCCCGGGCUUCCAGGGGGAAGACCUGCCCUUUCUAGGCUGGUUCUUCAGCAGGGCUCUGGCGGCGCUGGCCAGGACAGAAUCAGUGGCUGCAGGACUCAACUCCCCAGCGAAGACCAACUCCCUGGAAAAAAAGCUUCACAUUAAAGGCAAAGAACUUCAGGAAACCCAAGACAGAUGUCACAAGAUGGAGCAGGAAAUCUCCCGAGUCCAGCGUAAGAUGACUGAUCUGGAGUCAGUGCUGCAGCAGAAGGACGUGGAGCUGAAGGCCUCGGAGACGCAGAGGACCAUCCUGGAGCAGGACCUGGCCACCUACAUCACCGAGUGCAGCAGCCUGAAGCGCAGUUUGGAGCAGGCGCGAAUGGAGGUGUCUCAGGAGGAUGACAAGGCCCUGCAGCUUCUGCACGACAUCCGCGAACAAAGCAACAAGCUGCAGGAGAUCAAAGAGCAGGAGUACCACGCCCAGCUGGAGGAGAUGAGGGUGACGGUCCGGCAGCUGGAGGAGGACCUGUCGGCUGCCCGUCGCCGUAGCGACCUGUACGAGUCGGAGCUGAAGGAGUCCAGGCAGAUGAGCGAGGAGCUGAAGAGGAAGGCGGUGGACUACCAGCAGAGGAUGCAGAAGGCCAAGGAGCAAGGCAAAGCUGAGGUGGAGGAGCUGCUCUCCAAACUGGAGAAGACCAAUGCAGAACAACAAGUGAAAAUCCAGGACCUCCAGGAAAAACUAUCCAAGGCGGUGAAGGCCAGCUCAGAGGCAACCGAGCUCCUGCAGAACAUCCGGCAGGCCAAGGAGCGCCUGGAGCGCGAGCUGGAGCGUCUGCAGAACAAGGAGGACUCCAGCGACAGCCUGCGCAGGCGUCUGCGCGAGUCUGAGGAUGGCAGGAAGACUCUGGAGAACCAGGUGAAGAGGCUGGAGAUGGUGGAGCGGCGGGAGAACAAGCUGAAGGACGACAUCCAGACCAAGUCCCAGCAGAUACAGCAGAUGGCGGAUAAGAUCCUGGAGCUGGAGGACAGUCUGCGGGAGGCCCAGACCUCCACCCAGCGUAUGGAGACCCAUCUGGAGCAGAAGGAGAGGCUGUACGAGGAUAAGAUCAAGGUUCUGGAGGCCCAGAUGAAGGCAGAUCUUUCCGAAAAAGAGGCACUGGAAUCCAAGCGGGCCAAGCACGAGGAGGAGGCUCGCGAGAAGUGCAACCUCAUCAGCGAGCAGACGGCGACCAUCAACGCCAUGGAAUCUAAGACGAAAAGCUUGGAGCAAAGGAUUACUGAGCUGUCUGAGGCCAACAAGCUAGCUGCCAACAGCAGCGUUUACACACAGAAGAACAUGAAGGCCCAGGAGGAGAUGAUCUCUGAGCUGAGGCAGCAGAAGUUCUACCUGGAGUCCCAGGCGGGGAAGCUGGAGGCCCAGAACGCCAAGCUGGAGGAGCACCUGGAGAAGAUGAGCCAGCAGGACCAGAGCAACAAGAGCCGCGUGCAGGAGCUGGAGACCAGGCUGAGAGAGACGGGCCUGGAGCACGAGGAGCAGAAGCUGGAGAUCAAGCGGCAGGCCACGGAGCUGACGCUGUCCCUGCAGGAGCGCGAGGCGCAGAUCAGCGGCCUGCAGGUGGCGCGCAACUCUCUGGAGAGCCAGCUCCAGCAGGCCAAGACCGAGCUGGAGGAGACCACGGCCGAGGCUGAGGAGGAGAUCACUGCCCUCAGGGCUCACCGAGACGAGAUCCAGCGCAAGUUCGAUGCCCUCAGAGACAGCUGUGCGGUGAUCACUGAUCUGGAGGAUCAGCUGACCCAGCUGUCCCAGGAGAACGCCGAGCUGAACCGGCAGAACUUCUACCUGUCCAAGCAGCUGGACGAGGCCUCGGACGAGACCGAGGACCACCUGCAGCUCCGGCAGGACGUGGACCGGCUCCGCAGGGAGGUGGCCGACCGCGAGAUGCACCUCAACAACCAGAAACAGGUGGAGAGCCUUACCACACACUUACAGCCCAAACACAACAACCAGAAACAGGUGGAGAGCCUUACCACACAAUUACAGUCCAAACACAACAACCAGAAACAGAACAUUGAGACGCUGAAGACCACCUGCACCAUGCUGGAGGAGCAGGUCCUGGAGCUGGAGACCCUGAAUGACGAGCUCCUGGAGAAGGAGCGGCAGUGGGAGGCCUGGAGGGGCACCCUGGAGGAUGAGAAGGGCCAGGCUGAGAAGAGGACCCGCGACAUGCAGAGACUGCUGGACAACGAGAAGCAGAACAGACUGCGUGCAGACCAGCGCAGUACCGAGUCUCGCCAGGCGGUGGAGCUGGCGGUGAAGGAGCACAAGGCUGAGAUCAUGGCCCUGCAGCAGGCCCUGAAGGAGCAGAAACUCAAAGCAGAGAGCCUCUCUGAUACGCUCAGCGACCUGGAGAAGAAGCACGCCAUGCUGGAGAUGAACGCCCGCAGCCUGCAGCAGAAGCUGGAGUCUGAGCGCGAGCUGAAGCAGAGGCUGCUGGACGAGCAAGGCAAGCUGCAGCAGCAGAUGGACCUGCAGAAGACGCACAUCUUCCGCCUGACGCAAGGCCUGCAGGACGCACUGGACCAGACCGACCUGCUGAAGACAGAGCGCACCGACCUGGAGUACCAGCUGGAGAACAUCCAGGCUGUGUACUCGCAUGAGAAAGUAAAGAUGGAGGGCACCAUAUCCCAGCAGACCAAGCUCAUCGACUUUCUCCAGGCCAAGAUGGACCAGCCCUCCAAGAAAAAGAAGGGCAUAUUCGGGCGGCGGCGGGAGGACAUGCUCGGGGGGGCGCAGGCCCAGGCGCAGCCCCAGGUGCCCAUGCAGUACAACGACAUGAAGGCGGCUCUGGAGAAGGAGCGCGCGCGCUGCUCCGACCUGGAGGAGGCGCUGCAGAAGAUGCGCGUGGAGCUGCGCUCGCUGCGAGAGGAGGCCACCCACUUCAAGGCCAUGGAGCACGGCGCCCCUGCCACCCCGGCCAUGGCCCGGCAGCAGAUCAUCAUGUCGGCCAUCGUCAAAUCCCCCGAGCACCAGCCCAACCCCAGCAGCCUCCUGGCCCCGUCUAACUCCGGCCGCAGGAAGGAGAACGCCACGCCUGAAGAGUAUGGGCGGCGCGUGAAGGAGAGGAUGCACCACAACAUCCCGCACCGCUUCACCGUGGGCCUCAACAUGAGGGCCAGCAAAUGCGCUGUGUGUCUGGACACCGUGCACUUCGGCCGGCAAGCGGCCACCUGCCUAGAAUGUCAAGCUUUGUGCCAUCCAAAAUGCUCCCCCUGCCUUCCAGCCACGUGCGGCCUGCCCGCCGAGUUGGCCUUACACUUCUCCGAGGCGCUGUGCCGUGACAAAGCCAACUCGCCUGGCCUUCAGGUCAAAGAGGCCAGCGGACACGUGCGCCUGGAGGGCUGGAUGAAGCUUCCCAGGAAUGGGAAACGUGGGCAGGGCUGGGAGAGGAAGUACGUGGUGCUGGAUGGGACCAAGGUGUCCAUCUACGAGACGGAGCCCCGAGAAGAAUCGGUGAAGCCACUGGAGGAGUUUGAGCUGUGUUUGCCUGAUGGGGAAGUGACUGUGCAUGGGGCCGUCGGCUUGUCUGAGCUGACCAACACUGCCAAGUCAGACAUCCCCUUCGUGCUGAAGCUGGAGUCACACCCCCAUACCACCUGCUGGCCGGGCCAGUCCAUGUACUUCAUGGCUCCCAGCUUCCCCGACAAGCAGCGCUGGGUGGCCGUGCUGGAGUCUGUGGUGGCCGGAGGCCGCGGCUCGCGGGAAAAGGCAGAAGCUGACGCUAAACUGCUGGGCAACUCUCUGCUGAAGCUGGAGGGGGAUGACCGUCUGGACAUCAACUGCACACUGCCCCUCACUGAUCAGAUAGUGCUGGUGGGCUCGGAGGAGGGUCUGUAUGCCCUGAACGUCAUCAAGAACUCCCUGACCCACAUCCCCGGCCUGGGCUCCGUGUUUCAGAUCCACGUGCUGAAGGACCAUGACAAGCUGCUCAUGCUCAUGGGGGCAGAAAGAGCACUGUGUCUGGUGGAGAUCAAGAAGGUGAAGCAGUCCCUGUCCCAGUCUCACCUCCCAGCCCAGCCGGAGAUCUCCCCCUUCAUCUUCGAAGCGGUCAAAGGCUGUCACCUCUUCGCUGCAGGCCGGAUUGAGAACGGACAGUGUAUCUGUGCCGCAAUGCCCAACAAGAUUAUCAUCCUUCGCUACAAUGACAACCUCAACAAGUUCUGCAUUAGAAAGGAGAUCGAGACCCUUGAGCCCUGCAGCUGCAUCCACUUCACCACCUACAGCAUUAUUAUCGGAACCAACAAGUUCUACGAGAUCGAGAUGAAGCAGUAUGUGCUGGAAGAGUUUCUGGAUAAGAAUGACCUGACCCUGGCCUCGGCUGUCUUCGCUGCCAGCUCCCAUAGCUUCCCCAUCUCCAUCAUGCAGGUCAACAGCACCCCGCAGAAAGAGGAGUACCUGCUCUGCUUCCACGAGUUUGGUGUGUUUGUGGAUGCUUAUGGUCGGAGGAGCCGUACCGAAGACAUUAAAUGGAGCCGCCUACCUCUUUCUUUUGCAUUCAGAGAUCCGUACCUGUUUGUCACCUACUUUAACUCCCUGGAUGUGAUUGAAGUCCAAGGCCACUCUGCUGUGGGAUCCUCAGCCCAGGCUCACCUGGACAUCCCCAACCCACGCUACCUGGGCCCUGCCAUCUCCUCUGGGGCCAUCUACCUGGCCUCCUCCUACCAGAACAAGCUGCGGGUCAUCUGCUGCAAGGGCAACCUGGUGCGCGAGUCCGGAGACCUGCAGAGAACCGGCUCCAGCCGCAGCAGCCCAAACAAGCGGGGCCCCCCCACCUACAACGAGCACAUCUCUAAGCGGCUGGCCUCGGGCCCCGGGGCCCAGGAGGGGGGCCUGCACCGCGAGCCCAGCACCCCGCACCGCUACCGUGAGGGCCGCACCGAGUUCCGGCGGGACAAGUCGCCGGCGCGGCCCCUGGACCGGGAGAAGUCCCCGGGCCGGCUCCUGGACAGCCGCAGGGAGCGCUCGCCCGGCAGGAUGUUCGACGAGAGGCCCCGCCUCCACACGGGCUCCGUGCGCACCCCGCUCACGCCCGUCAACAAGGUGUGGGACCAGUCGUCCGUCUGAGAGCCUCCGCUCCUCUCCAGGCCGUGUCUGCAGCACAGGGAGACGCAGAGGAAAGGCCCCACUGCAGUCACAUCCUGUUUAUUACCCACCCACACACCCCACGCAGCUCCUUCCUUCUCUGCCUGUGGCCAUUACGGCUCUAACACACACCCCACACAUCACACACACCCCACACACCACACACACCCCACACACCACACACACCCCACGCAGCUCCUUCCCUCUCCGUGCGUGGCCAUUACACAUCCCCACUAAUGCUUGUCUUGCCUGCGUUACAAUACAAUAAUCUUUAUAGCACUACUUUAUCUUCAAUAUUGUAAAUAGGUUUAACUCCAGUUUUUAUAGAGUAUAAAGGGAAUAACAGGCCGGAAAAGCCAAGUCUAUUUUUAUUAACAGAGUUUCUAAUGUGCCGACUGAGCGUUGCAGCAUUUCCUAUUCAACGCUUACAGGAUUACAUUUCGACCGUGAGCGCAGCACUUUAGCGAGGGGCAGUUUUUCAGGAAAUAGAUUAUUAUUCUUUUUUCUUUUCUUUUUCUCUCUGGCGGAGUCCUGGUCCAUUUGACUAAUUGACUUCAUUUAAUAAAAAUGACAUUUUGCCAGCGAGCGUACAGCUAGCCACUUUUCUGUAAAGCAAUAUAGAAAUCGUAUGUUUGCUCCAAGCUUUGUGUUGUGUAAAUACUUAGAUUUAUUUGUGUGAAGGGAGUUUAGAGGUAAUUACUAAAGCGUAAGCCUUUGAAACAAGACGGCAGGAAUUGAGCUGAAACGUGCGUCCAGCUCACCGUGAAGUCUGUGUACGAUACAGAGAUCUUCUUCUUUCUACUGUGCGGUGAACGUCUGACAGCCUUCAGGAUUUCUUCAGUAUUAUAGCUUCCUUUUAUUGUGAGAUUUUAGUGCUGAAGUGCCACAGUUAGAAUUUUUAUUUUCCCCCCAAAAUAAUCAUAAACUUGUGACCAAAAACACUUGUAAACUCGCACUAUGAAGCAUGUAAUUUCAAACACUACAUUUCACACCUUUCAUUUCCUACUUUUUGGUGUUUGAACUUUUCUUGUGUGUUCACUUCAAUCGUGCUUUAACUAUAUUGUUAGAAGAACAGCUAACAAGAUUACUUGCUUUUGAUAUUUUUAAUGUAAAAGUACAUUAAACAUGACUGAAUAAUCCUCA